AUGGCGCAAGAAGCCAGUCUUGCUGACAUCUUAGCACAGCUCAGCAGAAUAAUGGAAAACCAACAGUUGGCGCAGAAAACUCUCCUUGAGCAGCUAAUACGGCCGAAGGACAAUGAAUUUCUGAUGGAAGCACUUUCAAACACCAUUACAGAAUUUUCCUACGAUCCCCAAAACGGAGUGGUUUUCGAUAAAUGGUACGCGCGGCAUGAGGAAGUUUUCACCAAGGGAGGAGAAAAACUGAAUGAUGCUGAAAAAGUGAGACUGUUACUGCAAAAGAUGAGUUCCGUAAACCACGAUAGAUACGUAAAUCUCAUUUUGCCAAAAACGUCGCGAGAAGUUCCUUUUGCAGAAAUAGUUGCCACACUGAAGGAAAUGUUCGGGCAUCAAACAUCGGUUUUUUUUCGACGCUAUCAGUGUUUGCAGACAGCCAAACGAGUUGCAGAAGAUUUUGUCUCGUAUGCAAGUUCUGUCAAUCGAGCUUGUGAAGAUUUUAACAUCCGGGAAAUCACAGCGGACCAGUUUAAAUGUCUUGUGUUUGUGGCUGGACUUCAUUCUGAAAAGCAUAAGGACAUCCGGACACGAUUGCUUGCGAAAAUGGAAAACGAAUCGGAGACGGAUCCAAUGACACUCAAAAAGUUGUUACUGGAAUGCCAACACUUAGAUAAUCUCAAACACGACACAGCUGUUAUUGAGAAUCCAAAGGUGAACGUGAAUGCAGUUUUCCGAGAUGAACAAUCCAAUUACACAAGAAAAUCGGGAAAAAUAGAUACACCAAAAGUAGCCCCACGACGUCCGUGCUGGCAGUGUGGUCAAAUGCAUUUUGUUGCUGACUGUACGUUUUCAAAACACAUUUGUCGAAGCUGCGGUAAAGUGGGCCAUAAAGAAGGAUACUGUGGAUGCUGUUCGAAACCAGCGGUUUCUGGAUCAAGCAAAACGGAUGCAUCAGCCUCAGAAAAAAGGAAGCACUGGAAGAAAAAGCAAUCCGGUAAAACUGGGAAUGCGAACGGUGUGUAUGCUGUACAUGAUACAAAUCCCAGUGGUAGGCGCAAAUUCGUGGAAGUUUUAAUCAACAAUAAAUUGAUUGAACUCCAGCUCGAUUGUGGAUCGGAUUAUACGAUUAUUUCGUCGAAUUCAUUACGCCAAUUUGGCGAUCUGAAGACAAAUCCUACGAGUUUACGGGUGGUAACUGCUGCAGGCAAACCGCUUCCACUCGAUUCAGAGUUUCAAUGUGCAAUAACAUUCCGAGGCAUCACGAAGCAGUCGGUGUGUUAUGUGACAUCAGUUGAUGGAUUUAAUGUUCUCGGAAGUGAUCUCAUGGAAGCAUUCGGGUUGUACGACAUUCCGAUCAACUCUUUUUGCAAGCAGCUAAAAGCAGAUAUGAAUCCGGAAGAGUACAAGCAAGUAUUGAAGGCGGAAUUUCCAGCUGUUUUUCAAGAUGGACUUGGACUUUGUACGAAAGCAAAGAUCCAACUGUUCCUGACAGCAGGAGCAAAACCAGUUUUCAAGCCAAAACGACCGGUACCGUUUCAUUCACUGCGGCUCGUCGAAAAAGAACUUAUCCGGUUGCAGAACAUGGGAGUACUUGAACGAGUAGAUUUUUCAGCCUGGGCGGCACCUAUUGUUGCAGUUCGAAAGGCUCAACGAGACGCCGAUGGAGAUCCAAUUGUUCGGAUUUGUGCUGAUUUUUCAACGGGACUGAAUGCAGUAUUAGAAGCGAACAAGUAUCCACUUCCCACUCCUGAUGACAUCUUCGCAAAGUUGUCAGGUAGUCAGUAUUUUAGUGUUAUCGAUUUGUCGGAUGCCUAUUUGCAGAUGGAAGUGGAGGAGGAUUCACAAAAAUUGUUGACAGUAAAUACUCACAAAGGAUUAUUCAAGUACAAGCGUCUUCCGCCAGGGGUCAAAGCAGCACCUGGGGCAUUCCAAAAAGUCGUCGACAACAUGCUUGGUGAUCUGGAGGGAGCUGAAGCGUUUCUUGACGACGUACUCGUUUUUGGUCAAACGCAAGCGGAGCCUUAA